GUUCGGAGACUUCGGGGCCGCCGGCCUGUUGCGAGCGCUGCGCGCCAGUCCGUGACAUUGUUGGUAGUGUCCCUCCGCGAGGGGCUGUGGGGCCUGGAGCUAGGAGAUCGAGUUGCAGUGUCCCCGUGAGGCUCUCUUUUGAAUCCCUGCUAGCUCCGGGCCGCGGAGGCGCACUGGGUACCAAGGUAGCAGGUGUGGCUACGACCGUAUCUCUUGGUGGUGUGGUCGUCAUCAUGGGUGUGGGUCUGCGGUGAAACUGGGGUCCAGAGUCCGGUCCCGAGGAGCAAGGCGACGGAGCGAAGCCAGGGGGCCCAGGCCCGGCUCGUGAGGGGUCUGAGAGCGCGCCUGAAAGCAGGGGAACCGCACCACCCCGGGCGGUAGCGCUACGCGCUCAGACAGGAGUCUGGGUUUGACUGCCCUGUUCUGGGCCUUGCAGGUCGCCUGGGCGUCACUGCGCGGAGUGGGAAUGCCCGAUGUCACCUAGCUUGCUCCCUGCUCUCUGAGCCGUAAGGGAGGACCGCAGGGCUGCGGCUGCAGGACAGACAUUUGGACCUAGUGGAAGGACGUCGCCGCUUAGCCCCAGCUAUGGACUCCACAGCAUCAGUUCUCCCUUCUCAGGACCCUGCUCUUUCUCCAGAGAGAUACCCAGGAGAAAAGGGAACAGCCAGUUUAUUCCUGAAAGCCAGGCCCCAGGAUCUGAUGACAUUCAAGGAUGUGGCUGUGGAAUUCACCCAGUGGGAAUGGGGGCAGCUGGAUCCUGCUCAGAAGGACCUGUACAGGGAAGUGAUGCUGGAGAACUUCAAGAACUUGGCCUCUCUGGGGCUUCCAGUAUCUAAACCAUAUGUGAUCUGCCAGUUGGAGGAAGGGGAAGAGCCCUGUGUGGUAGAGGGAGAAAUCUCAACAGACUGGGAGAAAAGGCCUAAAGCCAAGGAAUCAAGACUAAAUCAGGAUAUUUCCAAAGAGGAAUUAUUCCCCAUAGCCUCAGUAGAAAAACACAUCAGAGAUGAACUCUCCUUCUGCAAACUGAAAGCAAUCUGUGGUUGUGAUGACCAGUUAGAGAUACAUCCAAAAAGACUGGAGAGACAUCCGAAAGAACUGUCAGUCGCUCACAAAUCUACUACCACCCUUAGGAUAGAUCGUGAAUGGAGUGAUUUUGGGAGAAGUUUAGACUUAAGAUCAGUCCUUUUUAACCAACACAAUGUUCCCAUAGGAGAAGGAUCUUAUAAAUCGGACACAGAAUUCAGACAGACUUCAGGAAGAAGUAACUCCCGGAGAACCCAUCCAGGGAAGAAGCCUUGUAAAUGUAAUGAAUGUGGGAAGUCUUUCCAUUUCCAGUCAGAACUUAGGCGCCAUCAGAGAUGUCACACGGGAGAAAAGCCCUAUGAAUGCAGUGAAUGUGGGAGAGCCUUUGGUCAUAUUUCAUCCCUUAUUAAACAUCAGAGAACUCAUACUGGAGAAAAGCCCUAUGAAUGCAGCGAGUGUGGGAGAGCCUUCAGCCAGAGUUCAUCUCUUGUUCUACAUUAUAGAUUUCAUACUGGAGAGAAACCUUACAAAUGUAAUGAAUGUGGAAGAGCCUUUGGUCAUACUUCAUCCCUUAUUAAACAUCAGAGAACUCAUACUGGAGAAAAGCCCUAUGAAUGCAGGGAAUGUGGGAGAACCUUCAGCCAGAGUUCAUCUCUCAUUGUACAUUAUAGAUUUCAUACUGGAGAGAAACCUUACAAAUGUAAUAAAUGCGGGAGAGCCUUCAGCCAGAGUUCAUCUCUCACUCAACAUUAUAGAUUUCAUACUGGAGAGAAACCCUACAAAUGUAAUGAAUGUGGGAGAGCCUUUGCUCAUACUGCAUCCCUUAUUAAACAUCAGAAAAGUCAUGCUGGAAAAAAGGCUGUAUGAAUUCAGUGAACGUAGGAAGGCUUUCAGCUGGAGUACACACAUGAUUCACAUGACACACAUUGGCGAGAGCUCCUAUAAGGGUAACGUAUGUGCGACGACUUGGUUGGAAGACAUCUUAUUUAACAUCAGACAGUACACGCUAAAGAGACACUCUGUCAGUGUUAAGAGAGAAGCUGGGCUUUGAAUCACACUAUCAAACAGCAGAGAAUCCAUCCUAGUGAGAAACCAAGUACGUGUGAUGGAUUUGGAAAGGCUUUCGUCAGAGGAUACCCAUUAUUCAACGUCAGACAGUUUCUACUGGCCAGAAGCCUUAUCCAUGCAAUGAAUAUGGCACAGCUUUCAGUCACAUAUUGUUCAAUCAAUCAAUCAGCCAACCAGUAAGUAAAUAAAUAUCAGAUAACUCAUACGGGAGAGCAACUACAAGUGUGGUAAAAGCCAUCUGUAAUACUUCUUCCUUUACUAAGCACCAAGAACACAUAUAAAAGGGAAGCCCCCUGAAAGCAGUAAAUGUGGGAAGGUCUAUCAGAGCUCGUCUCUUCAAAAGAAUCAGAAUCAUUCUUGAGAAAAACACUAUGGAAAUGGUGAAUGUGGGAGUGCCUUUAGCCAAACCUCUUUCCUUUAUAAACAUCAGUGAACUCACCCUACUGGUUAGAAAUCCUGGGAAUGCAAUGCAUGUGGAAAAGCCUUUGGCAGAUUUUCCACCCAUUUUGCACAUCAGGGAAUGUGUACUAGAGUUACUCUUUGAAUUUGGUGAAACUAGGAAAACCCACUAGUAUAGUUCGGGCCUCAGCACACAUUAAGGCUUCACUCCGUAGAGAAACCUGGGAACUUAAUGGAUGCGGGGAAAAUUCCUUUCAGACUUGAGAUUCCUAAAACAAGAGCUGAAAGGAAUCUGAGAAAUCACCUAGUCUGGUGAUUUUCUACCUGGUAGGGGCUCUUUAUAACUGCAAUGUGCUUUGCCUCCCCAUUCGGUGAGCGGAGGGAGGUGUUACCAUGUGGGCGAAGAGAAUGGCGGCUGAGCGAGGUGGAGAGCCACCAGUGAUUUAGCCCAACUGUAGUUUAGAGCUAAGGAAACUGAUCUUCUGGAAGUGCCAUGCCCUGGGCUGGGCCUCGUUCCUUCUGGUUCACAGCUGUGGUUUUGAGAUUGAGAGACUGAAGAUCUUCCUGUACAAAACUCCCAUGCACUCAUUACACGUUACCUUUCUCUAAGAGGCAAUGGAGUGGUAUUUUUAAAGUUUGAGCAAAAAGCAAUUUUUGUUAGAUCAUUAUGCUACUAGAUUUGGGAUUUUCAAAAUAAAAUAAAAAAUUUUUAAACAUUAAAAUCAUUAAAUAUGGGCAUUGUAUAAAAAGAUCAAAACUUCAAAAACAUUAUUCCAAGUGAAAGUAGCCAGAUGCCAGAUACCAUGUAUUGUAUAGUUCCUUUUAUAGGAAAUGUCCAGAAAUGGCAAGUCUUCGGAGGCAAAGUACAUUCCUGAUUUCCUGGUGCUGGGAGAGGUAAUUGGGAGUGAAUGCAAAUGUUACAAGGAAUCUUAUUGGAGUGAUGCAAAUGUCCUAAAACUGGAUUAUGGUGACGGUUGAACAAUUUGGUAAAUAUACUAAAAAUCAUUGAAUUGUGCACAGAAUAUGGGUGAAAUUUAUGGUAUGUAAAAUACACCUCAAUAAAAAUUGUUUUUUAAAAAUCUCAAAUAUACAAAUAUACCAACUAUUGCUAAACUA